GCUCCUAUCCGCCGGAACCCUCUUGGCUCAAGCACCAGCUCGUUGUCUGGAAAGGGGGUGGGGUGUGUGGGGAACGGCCGGUGUCAUGGCGACGGUGUGGAGCGGCCUGAUCUCCGCGGUCAAACAGGCGGCUGUCUGUGGAGGACGUCUGACCCCGCGAGCUGUCUGCACCAGGUUCUCCUCGUCAGAUGCAGAGAAGCGGAGCGGUUUUGCGGUCGCUUACGAGCGGCAUACGGGCCUGCAGCAACAGAGAGAGGCGGAGAUCCCAGCCCUGGGCGGUAGAAAGGUGACUGCCCAGAAAAGUGACUCAUUUGCAUCAUUAUUGAGGCGCUCUCCUCUAAUCCAGAUGGGCCCUACCAAAGACAAAGUAGUCAUUGGUAAAAUUUUCCAUAUUGUGGAUGAUGACCUUUAUAUUGACUUCGGUGGCAAGUUUCAUUGUGUGUGCAGAAGACCAGCAGUAGAUGGAGA